AUGUGCGGUGGAGGCAAGCAGUAUCCUCCCACACCAGCAGCUGAUGAGGGGCACAGGACCCCUCAAGGCAAAGAGCCAAGGCUCCACGAGGCCUUUCGUGUCCUCCCCAGGGCGCACGGACCGGAUGCCGUGCUGAUGGCCGAGGGCAACCCGCCGACGGAGCUGACGCAGUCGCAGAUGCUGCACAUCGCCCAGCAGAUCGCUGCAGGCAUGGUCUACCUGGCGUCGCAGCACUUCGUGCACCGGGACCUGGCCACCCGGAACUGCCUGGUGGGCGAGAACCUCCUGGUGAAGAUCGGGGACUUCGGCAUGUCCCGGGACGUGUACAGCACUGACUACUACAGGGUCGGCGGCCACACGAUGCUGCCCAUCCGCUGGAUGCCCCCGGAGAGCAUCAUGUACAGGAAGUUCACCACCGAAAGUGACGUCUGGAGCCUGGGGGUCGUGUUGUGGGAGAUCUUCACGUACGGGAAACAGCCCUGGUACCAGCUGUCGAACAACGAGGUGAUAGAGUGCAUCACUCAAGGCCGCGUCCUGCAACGACCUCGAACGUGCCCCCAGGAAGUCUACGAGCUGAUGCUGGGGUGCUGGCAGCGAGAGCCCCAUAUGCGGAAGAACAUCAAGGGCAUCCACACCCUCCUUCAGAACUUGGCCAAGGCAUCUCCAGUCUACCUGGAUAUUCUAGGGUAGGGCCCGUUCCCCCAGACCAGCCCUUCCCAAAGCACUUCCUCAGUUGGGCCGAGAGGAUGAACACCUUUUAACUGCCGCUCGAUGCCAUCAAUCCGCUGUUCUUCGCUCUGACACUUAACAACAAAGACACCGAGAAGCUUUCCGAGGGAAGCGACGUGUACUUCUUAGACACAGUAUGGGCUUCUUUUUAGCAUUCUCUUUCUCUCUUUCCAUCUCCCUUGGUUUAUUCCCUAGUUUUUUUCCCCCCUUUAUUUUUUGUCUUCCUUGCUUCACAACCUUCACCUUUUCUUUUUUAAUCAAUCUGGCUUCUGCAUUAUUAUUAACUCUGCAUAGACAAAGGCCUUAACAAACCUAAUUUGUUAUAUCAGCAGACACUCCAGUUUGCCCACCACAACUAACAAUGCCUUGUUGUAUUCCUGCCUUUGAUGUGGAUGAAAAAAAGGGAAAACAAAUAUCUGACUUAAACUUUGUCACUUCUGCUGUACAGACACCGAGAGUUUCUAUGGAUUCACUUCUAUUUAUUUAUUAUUAUUACUGUUCUUCUUGUUUUGGGAUGGCUUAAGCCUGUGUAUGAAAACGGAAAAGUUGUGUUCAAUUUGGGAAGCCUUUAUCUAUGGGAGAUUAAGAUCAGAGAGAAAGAAGAUUUAUUAUAAACCACAGUAGGUGAAGAACAAAGACACCAUUGGAAUCUACUGACGUCAGUUUCCACUUACGAAAACCCAGCCACUGGUAGCUGGGAGGAAUGUAUCGGCACCUUCCCCCAAGGAUCUUUCUGAGGAGUAUAAAGACUGUUGAACUCUGUGCCAUGGACUAUUCUUUUCCCAUCACCGGAAAUGCUAGAGUGUAGUACAGAGAAAAUUGGCUUCUGCGAGGCAAGAUGGCACACACACGUUCCGACAGUCUCAUCCUUGUAGGCCGUAGUGGCGGCACUGGUUUGUUUUGCCAAGUGUUAUCCACAGAGCCUUUGUCAAGUUCAGGUGGAUUCUCGUCCAGAGAUCAUUUCAGGGUCAGAUGGGAAAGCCACUGACUUGGAAAAGAGAGGACAAGCUCUAAACUUGGAGGCAAGUUUCUCUUACAUUGAACUUUACAGACAGCACUUCCUUCGACCCCUGCCCUCCACCCCACCCGUCCAUCCAACUGUGCAAUCAAAACUGUGCAUGGUCUUCGUCAAUUAAUACCUUGUGUGCAUAAACUACCGCUCCAGACAUCGUGCCCCUGAUAGGUAGAGCAGAUCCGUAAAAGGUAUAACUUAAAUAAUUAUGGGAAGUUAAUUGAAUUCAUUAGCUGAGUAUAAAUGUCUCUGGGUCAUAUGGUGGUGAUGGGUUGUUAAUAAAUACAGACCCUGAAACUUGGAUAUCCUCAAUGACAUCACACCCACUGUGGGGCUGGGGGAAGGGCAAAAUCAGCCCCCAAGGGAGUGGAAAACUCGCCCACCCUGGGGUGGCAUUGAUGUUCAGUGUACACAGGCCGAGACCUUGCUCUGGGCUCUGGUUGGGAGAGUGGUUUCAUCCUAAAUGUCCUCCAUUGUCAAUAGGCCGUUUUGUUCUUUUCACUGCAUUUUUAAAAAGUAAAAAUAAAAAAUUAGGCACAGCAUACCAAUGGGAGGCUAUGCCCAGACUGAGCUUUGGAGGUGUACUUCUGGGCAUAGUCACGGGUUUUGCAAAAAGAGGUUGUAAAUUUAAAUAGAAAUUUACAGUUACCUGGGUGAUCAGUUAUACCAAGGAAGAAAAUUUUUUCUGUUCCUCAAGAAAACUUGCUACCCUCUGUGAGGGGAAUUUUGCUAACUUGACAUCUUUAUAAUAUGAGCCAGAUUGAAAGGGAGUGAUUUGAAUUCAACUUAGGUCAUUUUAUUUCAUGUUUGUUUCUGAAGGUGCAAGUGCUCUGUGUAGGUUUUGCUUGUGCCCUUAAUUACUGGAGCACCUUAUUUUCCAUUAUAGGCAUUGAAAGCCAGUUCUCAAAAAAUCAAGAGUAUCCGUUAACAGAGAACGAAAGGAAAGCCAGUAGUAUCUGCUGUCAAAUGAAGGGGGUUGGACAAGACAAACCCCAUAGUCCUUUCAAGUUCUGCACUGGCCUGUGAGACAUGGGAGCUGAGUUAUUAUUCUCUUGGUUGAUGACAAAAAACCCUCUGGAACACACACAUAAUAAUAUAAUGAAAGCCAUAUCUCCAUGAUAUAUACCUGCAUGUAUAUAUCCUAUUAAGGACCCAUAGUACUGUUAAAACACUGUGGCACCCUGUGAAGCAGUAAGAAGAGGCAGGUGUGUAUAAAACUUCUCUAGAUUUCAUCAGCAAUGACCUGAAAACCUCCACAGGUUCGUCAUUUUGUGCAACUGGCCAACUGCUCUGGGUACAAGUUACUUGUUUGAUUUUAACAGAAAGUGAAGGAGGUAAUAACUCGAAGGGUUCAGAUUAAAGGAGGGCUGUGCAGUUUUGGAGUAAGGAUUUGUUUAGAGCGGAUGAGAGGAGGGAAGCACUCCCCUCCCCUUUCAGUGCUGUGUUUUCCUCUGAAGGAAAAAAGAAAAAAAAAAAAAUUCUCCUUACCUUCUGACUCCCUCAAGGUCUUGAAAUGAAAGGUUCUAUGCAAGUGCAAAGUUUUAUAGUUAUUUAUAUUGCUGCUUAUUAUUAUUUUUUUUCCUCUCUUGUCUCAAGAGUAUGUACUGACUGCAGAGACGUCUCACAUUGAAAGGAUCCCAGAUUGCUUUUAAAGUAGCCGGACGAAACACAAACUAUCUUCGAGUCUCCACCCUUGUUCCUCCAGAAUCCUCUCUUCUCAUGCUUAUGAUUUUAAGAAAAGGGCCAACCUAAUUCAGCAGCACAAAGGUCACAGAAUAGGGCCUGCCAUCAGAUUCGUUAAAAACUACAACAGGAGUGGUGACAAACCGGAUUCUCUAGCCUGAACUUGGCCUGACACUUUGCCUGACAGUUGUUUCCAUCUAUACAUUGUUUCAUAGUUUCCCAAGCAUUUUUUUCACAUACGGUGACAAAUUAUUCCCAUUUUUUAGAGGUGAGGAAAUUGAGACUUGGGGAAGUUAAAUGACGUGCUAGAACUCUCCAGGCACCCCUGGGACUUAAUCUAAGUACUCUUGACUCUGAAGUUCAUGAUUUGGUCCACGAGAGACUCUCAUAUAUAAACAAGCUGUAUGAAAGAGAAAGCUAGCUAACAAAUUCAUGAAGUAGGAUAUGAAAUUAGAAGAGCGAAAUGAAUUAUGUGAGAUGCAAGCAGCUGAGAUCUCAUGAUAUAUAAUCAUCUUCAUAGCUUCAGCUAAACCUUUGCACACUGAACCAAUGUCAUAAUCAGGCUUAUUUAGGAAACAUUUUGAACUAGGCUAUAAAAGUUGAUAUCAGAAUUCACAAUAUGUGUUCGCAUCAGCGCUCCCUGUGAUAUUUCCACGUAUUUAUAUGUGUGUUAUAAAUACUUGAUUUAUACAUAGACAAACACACAUGCAUAGUGUGUUUGUGAGCUUAUGUAUAAAUUUAUAGGCACACAGUAAUAGACAUAAUUGUAAGUAGGGUGCAGUAUGAAUAAUUUGCUUAAAAUCUGCUGAAUAACCAAAACCUUUUUAAUGUCAUGUUGCUGGUAGUGCUUCCCUUCUCCAUGUGGGUAGGACCCCAUUACACUUUUCAACUCUGUGCAUGGGUGGGAGACAUAUUUAAGAUAAUGUGCUUCCCAUAACAACUGAAUCGAAGCCAUCCCACUACAUCGAGUCCUUUUUUCUGGCUCUUUGCAAAGGAAAAUGCAGCUAGAAAUAGAUCUCCUUAUGUAAAGUUCCAGAAAAGGAAAAUUUGUUUUUUUUUUAAAUCCUUUUGCACAUUUAUUUGUAUUAUGCUCACCUGUCCCACUGAAAACCCUUUACACUUGUCUUCAGAGGCUGAGCACUCCAGAAGCGCACUGGAGUGUAGGGAGCCCAGUGUCCUGAAGGCCAGUGCUGAGAUCCAAGACCCCCUGCAAGGUGAAUUCCCACAUCCUAGUGGAACACGAGAGACAACAGUGUACAACGCUGGCCUUCGCAAAGAACCAUGACAAUAGGAUCCCCUGGUCAGGAAUAGACUUUUUAUUUUUAAACUUUUCCCUUUUUACAUUGGACCUUCUAUAAUACCAAUAACAUGAAAUCAUGUAUCUAAUUAAAUAAAUGACUACAGACACACAUACCCUCAAUUUUCUUGCUCUUUCUUUCCUUUUUUUCUUUUUUCCCCAUUUGAGGACUUUUUGUUUCCCAUGAUGAGCUUCAGUAUGGCCCUAUAUCACUGUUACAGAAAAUUUCAUGAGGGGGAAUGCCAGAGACCCAACUCCUCAGAUGGCUAAGAGAGUAGUUAAAGCAGUUUCUUCCCAAUCUGUGAUGGUAGGAUGCAGAGACUCUGAGGUUGAGACAGCAAGUGAUAUUCUAACGAAUCCACAGUGGGAGGGACUUGGAGAGAAAUAUGAAGGGGUAUGUUCUUGUUGUCAGGGCUGGAAUGGAUCACUGCUGCUAUAAGUCAAAGGUUCUCGAAUAUCCUUUGUUUUUGUAUUUUUUCCCUUUUUUUCUUUUACUUUUAUUUAUUUAUGUAUUUAUUUAUUUAUGUAUAUAUUUCUUUGCUCCAUUCAUCACAGACACAAAGAGAAGCAAAAAAAAAAAAUAUAUAUAUAUAUGUAUAUGUGUUGCAGGCUAAACACUGUGAAUUUCACAAGAGCAACCAAGCAACUCUUUGCCAUCUUAACAUUCGUCUCAGGAGACGCAAUGGGAAAACAUGAGAUACCAUUUUUUUUUAGUCUAUGCAUUUUAGGCCAGGUCUGUGUUUAUUUCUUUGGUCUGUACAUUAAUGAAAAUGAUCCUGAGUGAAGGCUGAAUGUUCAACAUACUGGCGCAAGCAAAAUAAAAGCUGCUAAUUGCCACAGGUUUGAAUUGGGAGAAAAAAAUGGAGAAAAUGAAAUGUAAAGGCCUACAUCUUGCAGGUUGUAUGUCUUACUGUUGCUUUAAAAAUGUAUAAAACUGCUGGAAGUGUUUCAAUAUGAGGUCUUUGAAUUAAAUGUGGAUUUUAAAUAUAUAAUCCCUAGACAAAUGACUAAAUUAUGGUGAAAUAGCGUUCCUUGCAUUCACUUAUCAUUAUCUGUCCCUCACAAAUCUGCCUAGAGAUGUGGAUAGUCUCUGGAUCUGCUUCUGUACAUGAGAGAUGUUUGUAUAUAUCCGGGCCAUAUCCACACACACACACAGACACACACACAUUUCAACAUCUAAAGAUAUACUGCCCCUUAAAUUGUGACCUGGUAUUUGAAACUCUCUUUUCAUUUGCUUUAUUUUCCUUUUAAUGUGACGUCUCUGUACUGAUACUUACUGGUUCUUGUUUUGCAAUCUUUUUGGAGGUCCAUUGCUUUAUUAAGACCCACUGCAUCUUGGCUGAUUUCAAAGUGACACCAGAAUAUCAGUGCUUAAAAAAACAAUAACAAAAAAAGUUUUGUUUGUAAAUCAUGUGACCAGCUUCUCUCAACCUGACAUGGAAAGUCUCUUGUACCACACUGUAUUUAAUAAAAAUGAUGUCUUACAAUAAAUAACAUCCUCCAAAAGAGA